CCGCAGCCGAGCAGCUUCUCCGCCCGGAGCGCGCGCCCUUCGUACCCCGGCGGGUCUGAGGAGAGGUGGGUCCGUUGGCCCCGGAGCCUGGAGCUGGGUCGAGGACUUUAGCCGCCCCCUCAGGCACAAAUCAGCGCCUUCAUCGUGGAAGUUCUGCCCAAGAAAUAAGUGCUAGUGCGGGGAGUGGGGGUCGCCCCUGGCCGCUCUCAGGGACCCCAGCGGGCCGUGAAGCUUGGGUUCUGAGCUCUGCUCCGGCUCCGCGCGGACGUUGCGAUGUUGUCCUUUCACAUCUAGGACACCGUUGAGCAAAACUCGAGGGCUCAGCCCGGCUGCUAAUUUCUGCCUCCCAAGAUGGAAGAAGAUGCCAGCCUGUUCCCUAAGAAGCUUUUGGACGACGCCCCCCUUGUGGAGGAUGAAACAGAUGAACCGGAGGAUCCGGAGUUUGUGCUGGGCUCUGUCCCUGGGGAGGCUGAGAAUGAGGCGGACCCAGGAAGCUCCUGUCCAGGGAAAGAGCAGAAUGCAGACAAGAGGAAGCAGAGACCAGCCGUCCAGGACAGAAUGCAGGCCUCACUCCUGCGGAGGGAUUUGAGCCACCUAGACCAGCUGCAUGAAGAGAAAGACCUUUUCAUUCAGAACACGAGGGAGGAGCUGCGUGCUUGCCGCUGGAGGAUGGGGCUCCUCGCCAAGCAGCAGGAGAGCGUGGCAGCUGGCCCGGCCGCGGAGAGAGCCGCCGGCAACAGGAGCGCCGUGUGGCACAUGGAGAUCCAGGAGAGGCAGCUGGAGGAUGCCCGCGAGUCGGCCCAAGCGGAGGCCCCGGCUGCCAGGAAAUGCCUCCGGGAGAGGGGGGCCUCGGGGAAGGCAGAGCGGAACCGGCUGCUGCGGGUGCGGAGGUCCGUGUACCUGCAGAAGGAGCACGGGCUCAGGCACCAGAAGCUGGUGGAAGACGCCCAGAAGAACCAUCGGAAGGCCGUGAAGUUCCUGAAGGCCUCCCUGGGGAGGAUCCGCAAGCAGGAGCAGAGAGAGGAGCUGGAGAGCCGCGAGCACGCGCGCAGGCGCAUGGACGCCGUGCUGGCCCUGAAGAACAGCAUCUCCGCCAACCGGGAGACGCUCCGGAAAUUUCAAGCAUGGGGCCAGGCCAAGGCAGAGCUGGCGGAACAGAGGGCCCAGGCCGAGAAGGAGGUGAUUCUGGCCCAAGGUGGGGACGCUUUCAAGCACUUUUGCCAUCAACGCCGGCGCCAGGAGCUGGAGGCCCAGAACCGCGCCUUCGAGGAGGAGCAGAAGCUCAGGAAGCACGAGAUUGUGAGUCGGAUCUUGAAGGAGGAGGCCGAGGAGGCCAGGAGGAAGCAGCGGCCCUCGCCCGCCAGACCCGCGGGCCGGCCGAUCCUGAGGGACCAGACCUGGAGCUACGUGGCCGCUUUCCAUGACGGGAAGGGCCCGGCGGACCCGCCCUGCUGCCCCCCGGAGGGCAGGUCUGCGUUACCCCAAGCCUCUCUGCUGGUGAAGGCCGCGUCCAGCAAGUCCGUCCAGGCGGACAGGGGGAGCCUUGGCCGGGAGGCGGGGAUGCUGGCUCAGCCGGAGAUCCCCGGGCUCUGGAAGGAGGACUGCAAGCCGUACCAGGUGCCCAAGGAGGAUGUGGACCAGAAGUCCGUGGGCGGAACGAAGACCGACAAGGACAUCCUGGCACGCACUGCGCAGCAGCUGUGCCGCGGGGUGACCCACAAGCAGGUGGCAUCCAGGCGCGAGUUCAGAGGGUGUCCCUUCCACAGCAAGCCCAAGCUCGUCCACUUCAAGGACUUUGAUAUCGGCAAAGUGUACAAGAAAAAGAUCACGCUGAUUAACGCCACCUACACGAUUAACUACUGCAAGCUGGUGGGCGUGGAGGAGCGCCUCGGGGACUUCAUCCACAUCGACUUUGACCCCCCUGGUCCCAUGCCAGCCGGCAUGUCCUGUGAAGUGCUCGUCACCUUCAAGCCCACGGUAAACAAAGAUCUGGAAGGAAACGUCUCGUUUCUGGCUCAGACGGGCAGGUUUUCCGUGCCACUGAAAUGUUCAGCGAAGAAAUGCUCCCUGUCCCUCGACAAGGAGCUCAUCGACUUCGGCAGCUGCGUGGUGGGUGAGACUGCAUCCCGGACCGUCACGCUGACCAACCUCGGGGGCUUGGGCACCGGGUUCAGGUUUCUCCUGGCAUCAGAGUGCUGUGAGAUGGACACGUCCCCGUCGGUCUUCAGCACGAGCAGUAACUUCACAUAUGAAGACACGGGUUUUGACAGUAACGUCGCCACCAGUUUUUCCAAGCAGCUGACGGCGGGCAAUGAGUCCGUGCCCGCAGAUGUGCCGAGCCAGAAGGAGUCUGGAAAACUGGACAUAAAGGAGAAGGAGGAGGGGCGCCCCGUAGAAUCAGAGGGAGUGACCUUGACCACCAUCGUGACUGUACCUCCCAACGAGGAACAGACGGAGUUCUCACUGGGAGAGAUAACAGAGGGGGAGAUUGGCCCCUUCAGCACCAUCAAAGUGCCCGUCAUCUUCACCCCGAUUGUCCCGGGAACGGUCUCCACCAGGUUCAAGGCCGUGUUUAAGAAUCAGCAGUGCCCGACUUUAUAUUUCAAAGUCGUCGGUGUUGCUAUCGACGUGCCAGUCUGGGUGCCAAAGCCCAACGUAGACCUGAAGAUCUGCAUGUACGACCGGCUGUAUCAGGACUCCAUCCUCGUCCACACACGGUCGAAGACCGCCCUGCGCCUGCACUUCGAGGUGUGCAAGGGGCUGCAGGGCCACCUGGAGCUCCUGCCCAAGACCGCCUGCAUCCAGGCCCUGUCGUCCUACUCGGUGCGGCUCAAGUUCCUGCCCAGACGCUCCCUCCCGGAAGAUGCCGGGAAGUAUUUUGACAAGGAAAGCAGAGUCCUGGAGGCCCCGAUGACUAUCCGGGUGGCUGACCAGAUCAAACCCGUGGGGUUUACUGUCCACGCCAUAGUCACCACCUCGGACCUGGAGCUCAGCCCCUCGGGGGUGGACUUCGGCUACUGCACCAUCUACGAGGCCAUCAGGACCCAAGUCAGCCUCUGCAACCACUCCCUCCUGCCCCAGGAGUUUGGGUUCGUCAGGCUCCCCAAGUUUGUGGACAUCCAGCCCAAUGAUGGGUUCGGGACAAUCCUGCCGCUGGAAACUCUGCAACUCGACAUAAUCUUUCAGCCCACCAAGGCCAAGGAAUACAACUUCGAGCUCGUCUGCAAGUCAGAGAUUAACCGGUGCUUCAAGCUGACGUGCCGGGCUGUGGGUGUCCACCCGCUCCUGGGGCUGUCCCACUACCAGGUCAAGUUUGCGGCCACCUCCUUGUACAACACGUCGGUGGCCACCCUGUACGUCAUCAACUCCCGCCUGAGCAUGAACCCGCCGACGCCCUCGGUACCCCGCAUCGGCUUGGAGGACACAUCCCCUGUGGGGCCCACAUCUUUCGAGUUCCUGCUGCCCCCAGACUCCCCCAUCACCAUCUCACCCUCGGUGGGCACCGUGUGGCCAGGAAAGAGGUGCCUGGUCCGGGUGGCCUUCCGGCCCGUGCUGACCCGCGAGCUGAUCCACCAGGAAGCCUUACAGGCCCUGACCAAAGAAGCUGAGGCCAAAUCGGACACGGCCACCCAGAGGAAGGACCAGCAGAGACAGUCCUCCAUACUGCGGCUGCAGAACCGAGACCGGCUGUCCCAGGCCUCUGCCUCCCAGCCCCUGGAGCUGCAGAAAGAGGACCUCACGUCCAGCUCCCAGGAGUACCAGGCUGCGCAGGCCACCCUGACCAGAUCUUUCCAGGGCAAGUUUGACAAGUUUGUGGUCCCCUGUGUUGUUGCCAGUGGUGACACCAAAGACAGGAAGGGGACGGAACCCCUGAGCUUCAGUGCCCACAGCACCGUGUACCUGGAGCUGUGGUGUCCAGCGGUAGCACCAUCCAUCGUGGUGACGUCCGACAAAGGCAAGACCAUCGCUGACUUCGGCGACAUCGCUGUAGGACAACGCGGCAUAAAGAAAGUCUCCAUCCAGAACAUCUCCCCCGAGCGUCUCGACCUGGAGUACUCCGUGCUGAACCCCAACGGCCCCUUUGUCCUGCUGAAUCCCAUCGGCAAGCUGGUGUCUGGAGAGACCCAGGUCCUGGAGCUGUCCUUCUCCCCCCGUGAGAGCGUCCUGGCCCGGGAAAUGCUGGAGGUCAUCACCAAGAGAGGCACGCUCUCCCUGGCCCUCGUGGGCACAGGCGUGGCGUCCAUGACCACGUGCUCCAUUGAAGGAGGCGUCCUCAACAUGGGCUACGUGAUUGCCGGAGAAUCCACCUCCGCGGGCUUCAAGCUGCAAAACGAUUCCCCGCUGCCCAUCAAGUUCUCCAUGCAGUUGGACAGCCUCUCCACCGGGAGCGGAGACGAGCACCGGCUGCCGCAGUUCCUGGCCUCCCCGGCCCAGAGGACGGAAGUCGUGGGCACACAGAACUACAGCGGCCAGAGCGUGUUCAGCGUGGUCCCGGUGGAGGGCGUCAUGGAGCCGGGCAGGGCGCAGGACUUCACCGUGACCUUCAGCCCGGACCAUGAGAGCCUGUACUUCUCUGACCGGCUUCAGGUCGUGCUCUUCGAAAAGAAAAUCUCCCACCAGAUCCUCCUGAAGGGCUCGGCCCGCAAGCACAUGAUGUUUGUGGAAGGUGGAGACCCCCUGGAUGUGCCUGUGGAGUCCCUGACCGUGAUCCCUGCCUUGGACCCCGAGCGCACAGAGGAAGCUGAGGAGCUGAAGCCCAUCCUGGUAACCCUGGCUUAUGUCCAGUUGGACACGGACACGCCGGCCCCACCUGCCACCCGAGAACUGCAGGUGGGCUGCAUCCGGACCACCCAGCCGUCCCCAAAGAAGACUGUCGAGUUCAGCCUGGACAGCAUCGCGUCCCUGCAGCACAAGGGCUUCACCAUCGAGCCCUCCAAGGGCUCUGUGGAGCGCGGCCAGACCAAGACCAUCAGCGUCUCCUGGACGCCACCCAUCGACUUUGAUCCGGACCACCCACUCAUGGUGUCAGCGCUGCUGCAGCUCAGGGGGGACGUGAAGGAAACCUACAAGGUCCUCUUCGUAGCGCGGGUGGUGACAGGCCCCUGAGGCCACAGGAGUCUCUCCACAGAGCCCCCUCGGGUCUUCCUGCCGCAUUUGAAGCCCUCUCCCGGUCUGUGGACCCAGCAGAGCCAGCCAGGGGCCUGGGACCUGGACAUCCCUGCUGGGCAGCUUCAAAAGGGUGGCCCCCCACAUGGCCCCAUGGCCGGGGCACCCCAGCUCCACAGGCACAGCCACCUCCUGCUGCCCUGUAUCCAGUGAGCCCGGGACCAAGAGCUCCUGUCCCAGCCCCACACUCAGAACCGGCAAUGAGGCCAGUCCUGACCACAACCUGCUCCCAGCCUGAGCCCCUCGGAGCCCCCAGCCCCACCAGCACCCGCACAGCCUUUCAAGGUCCUGGUGGGGGGAAGAGCUGCGCCCGCCCAUGUGUCAAUAAACCCUGUGUGAACCUGUGCAUCCAGGCCUGCAGUGUGGGCCACGGUGAGCCCUGCGGUGAGCCCUGCGGUGAGCUGUGAAGGAGAGAUGCGGACAGAGUCCCAGGGGGGCAGCCCCUGCUUCCCACCCUCACUCACAAGUCAGUCCAUAAAACAGUGAACUCGGCCUGGAAGACUGAGCCCUGGGGGAACAGCUGGGCGUGGGGGGGGGGGCGGCU